CGGACGCCAUUCAUGCGAGUGCGUCAUCAAGCCUUUAAAGUGUGUUUGUGUUAAGUGUUUAUUGCUACUAGUGACACCAUUGUUAAAUUUCCUAGUAAAUGUGCUGAGUUUCUAAGCAGUUUUUGCUUAUUUUGAAGUUUUAAAUUGCUGGAAGUUAAUAGGAGCCGAUCUUAUAGUGUCUGUGAUGAGCAUUCUGUGGUUCCCGAUUCCUAACCUCUCUAUAUGUCCGAUAAUCGCCAGUUAGUAUCUGACAUACAAGAACUUGAUAAAAACAUCACCAACUGUGAACAGUUUUUUGCCAAAGUGCUGAAUCGAAAAAUAGAAGGCUCGCGGCAAGCUCCCGCGAACAAGAAGAAAAAUGUACCCGCGAAAAGUUCGUCACGCCCGCAGUCCAGAGGAGGAGGGUCUCAGGCAUUACAUCGUGCCCCCUCAGCUGGUGCCAGUAGUACGAGAACUACUACAAAAUCCGCUAACCCUUGUAGGAAGUCCGUUGCCGUAAUCCAUUCACAGCCAAGAAAGGCUUCGGCCGAUCGUCUUCCAAAACCGAAAAGCAAUGAUGGUCACCAACGUAGGCGCAGUAACAGUGCUUCGAGGCUUGUAUCAAAAAGUUGUACGUGUGAACCACCUACCUUAGAAUCUUUUGGUAAAUUUCCUGUACAUGUCCCGAGAAUUUCAGCUUCAAAAGUGUCCGAAAUUCAGGUACCUGUCAAAUUGGAAACAUCACCUCGUACCCAUCAAUCAAGAUCACCUGGAUCUAAGAGUAAGAAUUUAUCAUGGGGGCAGAUUCUGGGGAAAAAUCACCAAACUUGCAAGGUAGAUAGGGGUCAGUGGGAUAUUCACAGUGCAAGACAAAACACUCAUUCACAUCCAUCUUUUAAUACAAAGAUUCCGCAUGAUUGUGAACCAAUUAAAGAGUGUAGUUCCAGUGAAUGCACUGUAACAGCCUCAUGCAAUCACUUAUUUAAAGUAACUGCACCGAGGCGCCCACAGGAAGAGUCCUUUUCUAGUGAAGGAACUUCUGGCUUCAGUUCUAACAAUGAACUUCCAUCCCAUUUGACAAACAAGAGUAUUCAAUGUGGUUUACCAAAUCCAGGGCAGAGACCAAAGUCAUCCGACAGUUAUCAUCAUCAACCAAGUUCAUCUGCGCAUUAUCAACAUCGAAGAGUGUCAUCGUCAUCAUCUGGGGCAUCAAGUCAGAAACCAGAAGAGAAAGAAAAAGUUAUUGGGGUUCUAGGAAGUGAUGUUUUUUCAAUAUUCAACCCAGUUCGAACUCUUAAUUUUCUUGUUAAAGAGUUACAAGGGCUGUUGCAAAAGCAUCCUCAAGACGAUGAGAGUGCGCGCCGUGUCAUUGCGGACAUGGAAAAGGCGCUGCGCAGGCUGCCGGAAGGCGAGGAGCCCACUGAGAGCACCUCUGGAUACACCACCCAUUCGAAGCCCCACGACUCCCACUCUGUUUCCACUUCGGCUUCCACGCGCAGCUGCGACAUGCAGGCUGACAAGCUUCCAGAGGAGGUGGCCCAGCAAGCGGCUAUGAUCAGGGCACUGCAGACCGUGCCUGCACUGGCACGCAGAAUUGAUGAGCGAACAGAGGCCAUGAGAAGGAAGAUUGUUGAGUCUCGGACUCGCAUAUCGGUUCCUGCUUUUGCUCCACCACCACAGGAAUCUUGCACGAGUAGCGUCGAAAACAUUUUGCGUCUGCAGAGGCACGUGGAGAGCAGCGGUCACCAACUAGAAAUCAUGUGCCAGGCUAUGGAACAAACUUGUGAUAUUUUGCGCAGUGAGCGUGAUGCAUUGCAAGGGAAAGUGGAAGAGCGGGACAAAAAGUUACGUGUUGCAAAGAGCCAAGAGCAGGACUUUGUAACAACUGUCACUUCCCUCCGAACUAACCUGGAAUCUGCCACUCGGAGAGUGACGCAGCUUUCUGUUGAAAACAAAGUGCUGAAGGAACAAGUAAAGGAAAUUCCAAAUCUGAGGUACAUUGAAGAAAAGUACAAGCAAGUGUCAAUAGAAAAUGCGAAGCUUAAAGAGGAGAACAAGGCAAUCCCUGCGUUAAAGGAAAAAGAAGCAAAAGUUGCUGAAUUGACAUCAUCAAUAGCAAGUCUUGAAACAGAAAAAAAGAAUUUGGAUGAUAAAGUGGUGAGGUGUAAUCAAGAAAUACAAAGGCUGAAAGAAUCAUCACAGAACCAAGUGGGAGUAGCAGAAGCUACCAAACGAUUGACGCAAAGACUCCAGGAAACAAUGAAGGAACGUGAUGAAGCACAGCAUGAUGCCCAGAUGUUGCGCAUUGAGCGUGAGAAACUGUUGAUUCUGCAACGUAACAAGGAUGAGGAGUUAUCACAUUUUGUUCAAGACAUAAUAAACAUCAAAAUGAUGGUAACCGGGCAGCUGAAUAUUCUCAAGACCAAUAUGCCGCAGAUGACUCCUCCGGGAUCGAUUUUGGAUCUCCUGAACUCUAGUUCGGAGUCAGAAGAGUUCACUUCAGCUUCUCAGUGCCAGCCUGUUUGCUCCUCACCGACAUCUACUGCAUCAGGAGCAGCACCGGGUGGAGAAGUAUGGGAGGACAUCAGCACUAUUGUCCCAGAACAAACUCGCUCAUCUCCAGAAGUCUUUGUGAGAGUCAGCACUCAAAAAGGGGAGGAAACAGAAUCUCCACCUGAUUUCAAGAGCCUUUGUCGCGAUGCAUGGCACAGCCUUGCUCCAGCUGGGCAAGGCGAAGGGUGCGGUGUCCCUGAGACAAACACACCUCGGCCACGGACGGCGGUUCCGAGUCAACGGCCUCCUGUUGCGGUGAAUGAAGGAGUAGGGGACACCCAGUGGACAGGUGCUGCAGCUGUAACACAAGAACUUCACCAAAAUGUUCAAGAGCUGUUUAAGCUUAUUAACAACAAGCCUGCAGCAGCGGGUUCAACAGAUGCUCCAUCAUCUGGUCGAACAGUUACAACUGUGUCGUCAUCUGUUCCCAGUUCAAAGCGUUCAUCUGUGCCAGCACAGGCAACAAAUAAGAACUUCCAGUUUGAAAUCCCUCGAUUGCCGGACCCACCAAAAUUUCUCGAAACUCCCGAGUUUAGCGAUUUUUCGUCUUAUCACGGCUCUCUUGCUGAUACUUCUUCUGUAGAAUCGAUUGACGCUGUAUUGCGAAAAUUGCAGAAGGGUGAUCGACAAACAAAGGAGAAAUAAAUUUCUAUAGAAUAUACCACAAAUGUAUUUUUAAACGAGUUAUGUUUUUUGCAAAGAAUGCUAAUAGUAUUUUAUGAUGUAUUUUUAUUUUUUAUACAUAUAUAGAUCUUAUAAUGAAUUUUUAGAUACAUAAAUGAAUUUAUAAAACUUGCCAUAAUAUUUGUCUUCCCUUUGUAAUACUACAUUAUUUCCAUGAUCAGAGAAAACAUAAAUAGUUUGAUCUCAGAUUUUAAAAUGCUUUAUUUCUGAACCUGCUCUU